CCGCAGCAUGGCGCGGUCAUUGCCGAGUACGUCUGGAUAGAUGCCAGCGGCGGUACUCGUUCCAAGUGCAAGGUGAGUGAUUUCCCACCAGGAAAGCACCCGUUGGGACGAAAGGCUCGUCAUGAGAGAUUUUCGACGUCUCGCUGCGUUCAUGCACGAUAAGAGAAAGUGGCUUGACUCGCCGCGGCUUCGGCAGUCUUGCGGUACUUUUAGUCACAGAAACCGCGUCUAGGCGGCUACACGCAAUGGGAUGGAACUUUAGAGAGACUGCGGCUCUUCUCUGACCUCGCGCAACCGAAGGCCGCAAUAGAACGUGGAGACUAACCUUACAAACUCGCAGACCCUCAAGAAGAAGCCAUCAUCAGUCAAGGAUCUCCCAGAAUGGAACUUCGACGGCUCUUCCACCGGCCAGGCACCCGGCGACAACUCCGACGUCUACCUCCGCCCAGUGGCCAUGUACCCAUGCCCCUUCCGCCUUGGCGACAACAUCCUCGUGAUGGCCGAGACCUGGAUGUCUGACGGCAAGCCGAACGCCUACAACUUCCGCCACGACGCCGCCGUGCACAUGGAGAAGAACGCCUCGCACGAGUUCUGGUUCGGCCUCGAGCAGGAGUACACCCUCCUCGACGACAUGGGAUGGCCGUACGGCUGGCCCAAGAACGGUUUCCCGGCUCCCCAAGGUCCUUACUACUGCGGCAACGGCACCGGCAAGGUCUUCUGCAGAGACAUUGUCGAGGCACACUACAAGGCCUGCUUGUACGCCGGCCUUGAGAUCUCCGGCACCAACGCCGAAGUCAUGCCCGCUCAAUGGGAGUACCAGAUUGGCCCGUGCACCGGCAUCGCCCUGGGCGACCAGAUGUGGAUGUCCCGCUUCAUCCUCCACCGCGUGGCCGAGGAGUUCGGCGUCAAGGCUACCUUCCACCCUAAGCCGAUCCCCGGCGACUGGAACGGCGCCGGUCUCCACACCAACGUCAGCACCAAGGAGAUGCGCGAGGAUGGCGGCAUGAAGGCCAUCGAGGCGGCGAUGGAGAAGCUGUCGAAGCGCCACAAGGAGCACAUGAAAGUGUACGGUGAGGGUAACGAGGCGCGUAUGACUGGCGCGCACGAGACGGCGUCGUACGACAAGUUCACGUGGGGUAUUGCGAACCGUGGCGCGUCGGUGCGUGUGAACCGUUCGUGCGCCGAGGAGGGCAAGGGUUACUUUGAGGACCGCCGGCCGGCGUCGAAUGCCGAUCCGUACCAGAUUACUGGUAUGAUUGUGGAGACUGUGAGUAGUAUCGAUGUCGUUGUCAACGAGGGAUGAAGCUAACGUGUGUGUAUAGCUCUGCGGCCAUCUCGAGGGUAUCGAUGUCCUCAAGAAGGUUACGGACGCCGAGAUGCAAGAGCAGGAGAUGAUUGUGCCGG